UGCACUCAAGUCUUGAAACCGUUCGCGUCAACACGUCUUGGCGUCGUUGAACAUUUUUUCUUCUCUAAACACAUCGAAGACUUGAGCUGUUUUCUGUAAAAAAAAAACAAAGCAACAGUCAAACAUUACCAUUACUUCUAUUCAUAACAAAUCAUUAUUUCAACCAAAGAACAAAUGGAUUUAUUUAAAUCAAUCUUAAUCAACUAAUUAAAACUUCGUUUAAAUAUCUUAAAUCGCACUUGUUAAAAACCAAAACAUUUAAUUGUUGAUCACCUGAUACUUUUUAACACACAAAACAAUCUUAUCGUUCCAGUAUUGUUUUCAUACACUUCUAAAUUAUACAUCCGCAGAUAAACAUAUAUAUGUUUAUAUAUAUAAUAUAGAGAAACAUCUAUAUAUUUUACAAUUUGGAUUGGACUUUAAUACAUUUUUCUCAAAGAACUCAAAGAAUUUUUCUGACAAUGCCUCAGAGUCGUUUUCCCGCAAUUGAUCUCUACCAGAACUUGACAGAGGGCACCCUUGACUCAGCACAAGAUUACUACUUGGCCCCUGACCCGAUUCUCCCAUCGUACUCCAUCAAACUCGAACCCUCUUUGAGUCCGAGUGACAAUUGUUUAAUGAACGAAUCUUACCGGGAGUUGCUCGUUGACCCCUUGAUGCCACAGUGUGUCAACCCCGUUGCUAAUUGCCAGGAUCAUGGGCCACACUUUAUGAACGACAACUGCAGCGAAAUCCUAAACCUUGACGAAAUUAAACUGAAUGCGCAACCAAACCAUGAAAUGAGCACAAAUAAAUCAGAUCCACGCAACUGGUCAGAAAAUGAAAUAAAGCAGUGGAUAAGCAGCAGACUGGAUCUCUAUUCUAUUCCAGUUGAUUCUAUUGAUUGGCCUAAUAUAAACGGUGCUAUGAUGUUUACAAUGAGCCGUGAUCAACUUCGGUUCCAGCUGCAAAACAAGGCCAUAGCUGAUAUUUUGUUUAAUGACAUGCAGAAGUUGAUCUAUGAUGUCCAAAUUGCCGAUGCCUUCUUCUAUUCGCCUUCCUCUUCCAACUCCAGUAGUGACUUUGGCCUCCAUCAAACCAUGUCCGACAGUUGCAAAACUGAACAAUUUAGGAUGCUUAACGAAUACAUGAACAUGGUCAGUUUCCCAAACGAUUGUCUUUCCGGAUCGGACGAAGGGAACGACAGCAAUGAUAGCUCUGACAGCAGUACCGAUAGCUCGGAACUUAGCUCUUCAAUUACGACCAUCGAUAAAAAGACUUUUGAUCCAGAACCGUUAUACAAAGAACAAAAACCAAGAGAAACACCUCAAAUAACUAAGCACAAACAGAACAUACACCUGUGGCAGUUUUUAAAAGAAUUGCUGUUGCAAGGGGACAAAUACAUAAAAUACAUCAAAUGGUUGGACCCCAAACAAGGGGUUUUCAAAAUUGAGGACUCAAGCAACGUUGCCCGACUUUGGGGUGAGCGUAAGAACAGACCAGCAAUGAACUACGACAAACUCAGCCGCUCGAUCCGACAGUAUUACAAUAAAGGUAUAAUUAAGAAAACUGAGAAGAACCGGCGCCUGGUUUAUAAAUUCUGUCCAGAUUAUUUGUAAAUCAAAGAGAGGAACCAAAGCAUGAGACUUUUAGCAAACUUAAACCAAAGAUUUUGGUUAUAAGUUUAAGGAAUGGCGAUGCAGAUUAAGUUUUGGUAUUUUUUCCCCCCUCUUUUUUUU